CCGCAACUCUGCCAGCAACGUCCGGGAUGAUUUGGGCACACCCCACUUUCGACCCCGGAUGGAAUAAAAUAUCUAAUAUCACCGGGGUUGUCCAGGAUGAUCUGGGAGGUAUAGCUUUGCUGACUUCAUCCUUAGCUCUGCUGGGAACAACCGGGUAACACAGAGGAAGCACCGUAGCUCUGCCCGCACAAACCGAUGUUUGAUCCGAGGUAUGAUACAGCUGGUAGAGCUAUGGUGAAUGCCGACAGAGCCCCGGAGGAUGACGAUGGAGCUACAGUUGAACCCAGUAAAGCCUGGUUCAUUUAAAAAGAAUCAUGACAAUUUUCAAUGACUGCACUUGUUUGUAUUAAAACCUUCCCAUUUCCCUUCUAUCCAGUCUUGCGUAAGGAUGUUUCAGAAAAGCAUCAUAAAUUACUUUUCUGGAACAAUAGAUAUUAUAUUUAACAAGAACCGGUUGAACAGGGUGAUGCUCCCCAAGAAGGUUUUCGACACAGGAAAGUAUAAAAAAAAUGAACAAAGGGCAAAACUCCAAAAUAAGGCAAGGCAGAUGAAUCUCUUAUAGUUUCAGAGUUAUGUCCCGGGUAAAAUUCAAAGUGUAAAAAUGAACAAAGGGCAAUAACUCCAAAAUUAGACAAGGCUGUGUUUAGGUUCUUAAGCAUUGCAGUUCUAUCCAAUGAGAUCUAUCUACCUACAAAGUUUCAUGUUGAUAUCUCUUAUAGUUUUAGUGUUAUGUUCAGGACAAAAGUAAAAAAGUAAAAAUAAACAAAGGGCAAUAACUUCAAAAAAGGUAAGGCAGAGUUAUGGUUCUUCAGCAAUGCACUUCUACCCAAUGAGACCUAUCUUCCUACAAAGUUUCAUGUUGAUAUCUCUUAUAAUUUAAGAGUAAUGUCCCGUUCCAAGUGUCAAAAUGAACAAAGGGCAAUGACUCCAAAAUUAGGCAAGACAGAGUUAUGGUUCUUUUACAAUGCACUUCUACUUAAUGAGAUAUAUCUACCUACAGGGUUUCAUGUUGAUAUCUCUCAUACUUUUAGAGUUAUGUCCCGGACAAAGUUCAAGCGUAAAAAUAAACAAAGGGCAAUUAUUCAAACAUUAGACACAGCAGAGUUAUGGUUCUUGUGCACUGCAAACCUACUCAAUGAGAUCUAUCUACCUACAGGGUUUCUUGUUGAUACCUCUUAUAGUUUAAGAGUUAUGUCCUGGACAAUGUUCAAAGUGUAAAAAUAAACAAAGGGAAAUAAUUCAAAAUUUAGGCAAGGCAGAGUUACGGUUCAUGUGCACUGCACACCUACUCAAUGAGAUCUAUCUACCUACAAAGUUUCAUGUUGAUACCUCUUAUAGUUAUAGAGUUAUGUCCCAGACAAAGUUCAAAGUGUAAAAAUAAACAAAAUUAUCAAAGGGAGAUAAAAAAUGUCAGAUAUAAACUAACUGCACAACAGAGUUAUCUUCAUAAGAGGAAGUUAAAAAUAAAUCCAGUCUAAUUGGGAAAUUCCUGAAGUGUUUUGUUUUGCUUUUUAAAUAUUGAAAAUCUAGUGACUUCAGGACCUUUAAUCUUCUGCAGAUAUAAACAAACAGAAGAUUAAAGAUCAUGAGGUCACUAUUUUAAAGCGAAACAAAAUUUUGAGAAUUUUGCAAAUAAUGUAUCAAGUACCAGAUUACAACCAGACUGUGUCAAUGAAGCUAUCAGAGGUUCUGGCUGAUAUAGGUGUUGAUGAGAGAAUAGUGAUGAAGAGGAGAAGAACAUGGCUUCUGAUAGAAUCAAUAGAAAAUAUAACUCACCAACUACUUGAUAAAAAUGCUUCAGCAUACAUUUUUGGGAGUCAAUCAGAGGGUACAACUACAAUAGAUUUGCAAUCAGACCUAGAUCAACUAAAUUGCGAUAAAGCAUUCCCUGUGAUACAAGACUGGAGUGACUGGAUACCUGGUUUAUAUAAUCUAUUGAUGAUUCAAGAUAAUUCUAUAUCUCCUGGAUAUUGUUUACUUCAAGUGCUGAGAGAUGAUGCUCCUCUUCCUCUUGAUGGUGAAUCUCAUCACUUAGUAUUCAAAGACAGAACAGGAAAAUUACUUUUAAAGAAAUUUAUAGUAUCUUUAUUCAAUAUUAACCGUGAAAUACAUGGGCCAGCAGGUUUUGAACAAGGACAACCAGGCAUUAGUGAUAAAGAUUCUGUGUUUGCUCUACAUUGUACAACAUGGCCACAACAAGCUAGACAAUGGUUGGAUCAGCAAGGUGAAGGUCAAUGGCCAUCUGCUGAAAUGAAACAAUAUUGCAGCAGAACUGGAUGCUUCGUUGUUGGUGUUGGAUGUAGAGGCAGUGAACAUGAGCAACUUGAAUGGAGAAUAUCAACAUCUUUAGCAGAAAGGUGUUUAAUGUUUAACCUGAAUAUUACGCAGAUUCGCUGUUAUGUCUUAAUGAAAAUGAUUUUAAAAACAUUUAUAAAUCCACUGUUUAAAGAUGUUAUUACAAGCUUUAUGUGUAAAACUGUACUCUUCCAUUGCAUUUCUAAUGCACAUUCUAACAUCUGGAGAGAAAAUAACUUACUUUCUUGUCUAUCACUGUGUUUAUAUCUCCUGUACAACAAUAUCAUUAAUGAAAAUUGUCCACAUUUUAUCAUACCUGGGAACAAUUAAUGAGGGGGAAAAUUUCACCUGCAGUCAAACCAUAUAUCCUGGAAAUAUUAAGCAAUAUCAUCAACAGUGAAGGAGUAGCACUUCUUUGGAUUAAAUGUGAUCUUGGUUCCAGGCUGCAACGUAAGGUUUUUAAUUUAGGUACAAUCAAGACAAGUGACAUUAUUUCAGGAUCACUAUUAUUUAGUCUAGCUAAACAUAUAUAUAUGACACUGAAAAGAAUUAAUAAUCAUCUUAAGGACAGUAGUCCUAAUGGAGCUGUAGAAAUAUUAAAGAACUAUGUAUCGAAGACAAUCAACUGUCAAUAUGAAGGAUUAGAUAAGACAGCCAGUCAUUUUCUGUUACCAUGGUAUUGUACAACACUUGGAUCUGUCCUGGCUUCACUAAACAUCUAUCAUUACAACACUGUAUCAGCAGAUACCCUCAAACUCUUUCAACUUGGUCUGAAUACAGAUGUUGCAUCAAAUAAACUGAAACUAGCUUCAAUCUUAUACUGUGUUCAAAAAAUACAAAAAGCAGGCCUAGUACUCAGUGAGAUUGAAAGAAAAUAUGAUCUACAAAUUGUUGAGUCUGUCUGUAUUUGCCAUCUAUUUAAGAAGGAAACCAUUUGGACCAGGAUUCAAUCAAUUUAUGUGACAAUCAUAAUGAAGAAAUCUUACAGUAUACAACAGCAUCAUGUGUUACAUUUAUGCCAUGUGAAAUUCACGGUGUACCAAAUGAACUCAGAUAUGAAAUGUUUAGAUCUACACAAGAGGAUAGAAUGUUUCGUACAGAAGAAGACAACACAUGGAUGGAUAGUGCUGUGGUGGAUUCCCUCCCUUACCUUUACUUUCUACAAUACAAAGUUUACAGCCAUUUAGGAAGACAUGACCAGAAACAAGCUGCGCUCUUCAAACUUAUCAGAACCAUAAAAGAGGAACUAAACCUUGGACAUCGGGAAACAGCUCUAAAUAUUCUCGGAAAAUGCAUGGAACAAGAAGGUAGAGCAGGAGACGCUUUUCAGUGUUAUUCAAUGUCACUUAAUAUAAGGGGGAGAAACAAUGCUGCAAAGAUUCAUAUCACCACACUCUUAUCUGUACUGAUAAAUACAAGGACAUAAAAAGGUAUGCAAAAUAUGUGGAAAUGACUAAAGCAAGACAGUGAGACAAAUGAGUGGUAGCUACAAGCUAGAUUAUGACACCAACAUUCGUGCUCAACAUCAUUUUUAUUUUUCAAAUAGCAAAUUUCUUGUCAUAAGAAACACUUUUUGAUACAUAUGUGUAUGUCAUCCAUAAUUCCAUAUAUGAAAGAGAUAAAGCAAACUGUCAUAUA